CCUCGGUGACGCCCGAGAUAAAAACUAUAAAUACUCUUACACCACAUUUUUUAAACGCUUCAUUCUCUCACCAGACUCAUAAUAGUCAAUCUGUGAGAGUGUUAAAACAGCAAACCCGCCUCCUUUACUCUUCAGACAAAAUUUCCAUCUAGAAAUGCGUGAGUGUAUCUCGAUCCACGUUGGGCAGGCUGGUGUCCAGAUUGGCAAUGCCUGCUGGGAGCUCUAUUGUCUUGAGCAUGGUAUUCAGCCGGAUGGGCAGAUGCCCAGUGACAAGACCAUCGGUGGAGGUGACGAUUCCUUCAACACCUUUUUCAGUGAGACUGGAGCUGGAAAGCACGUCCCCAGAGCUGUGUUUGUAGACCUAGAGCCCACUGUCAUUGAUGAGGUGCGCUCUGGGACUUACCGCCAGCUGUUCCACCCUGAGCAGCUCAUAACAGGAAAGGAGGAUGCUGCCAAUAACUAUGCCCGUGGUCACUACACUAUUGGCAAGGAGCUCAUUGAUCUUGUGUUGGACAGAAUUCGCAAACUGGCUGAUCAGUGCACAGGCCUCCAGGGUUUCUUGGUCUUCCACAGCUUUGGUGGUGGAACCGGUUCUGGCUUCACCUCUCUGCUGAUGGAGCGCCUAUCUGUUGACUAUGGCAAGAAGUCUAAGUUGGAGUUCUCCAUCUACCCCGCUCCUCAGGUCUCCACGGCUGUGGUAGAGCCCUACAACUCUAUCCUGACCACCCACACCACCCUAGAGCACUCUGACUGUGCCUUCAUGGUAGACAAUGAGGCCAUUUAUGACAUUUGUCGUAGGAACCUUGAUAUCGAGCGUCCUUCCUACACCAACCUCAACAGGCUUAUUAGUCAGAUUGUGUCCUCCAUCACAGCCUCCCUCAGGUUUGAUGGUGCCCUCAAUGUCGAUCUCACAGAGUUCCAGACCAACUUAGUGCCCUAUCCUCGUAUCCACUUCCCACUGGCUACCUACGCCCCUGUCAUCUCAGCAGAGAAGGCUUACCAUGAGCAGCUCUCUGUAUCAGAAAUAACUAAUGCUUGCUUUGAGCCAGCCAAUCAGAUGGUAAAAUGUGACCCACGCCAUGGCAAGUACAUGGCUUGCUGCCUGUUGUACCGCGGUGAUGUAGUGCCCAAAGAUGUGAAUGCUGCGAUUGCCUCCAUCAAGACCAAGCGUACCAUCCAGUUUGUUGACUGGUGCCCCACUGGUUUCAAGGUUGGCAUCAACUACCAGCCCCCCACUGUGGUUCCAGGUGGAGAUCUGGCUAAGAUGCAGAGGGCUGUGUGCAUGCUGAGCAACACUACAGCUAUUGCUGAGGCCUGGGCACGUCUUGAUCAUAAGUUUGAUCUUAUGUAUGCCAAGCGUGCCUUUGUGCACUGGUAUGUGGGUGAGGGUAUGGAGGAGGGCGAGUUCUCUGAGGCCAGAGAGGACAUGGCCGCCCUUGAGAAAGAUUAUGAGGAGGUUGGAGCUGAGAGUGUGGAAGGGGAGGAUGAGGGUGAAGAAUAUUAAUUUCUCUUUCACUUCCAGCUAUUUCCUGUGUGUCAUUUUUGUGUGUUCUUUCUCACUUUUCCAGUGCUUAUCUUGCUGAAAGGUCAAUUCUCCUUUAUUUAAUGGUUACGAAUGAAGUUUGUAAUGCUUGUAAAAAUAUUUUCUAAUUUUCAGUUUGAUCUGUUACAUGACUCACCAUUUUUCCUAAAAUAGCACGGUGAUCACCAUAUAGGGUGCUUCUCAUUUCUUCUUUUUUUUUUUUUCUUUUCUUUUCUUUGGAUUUUCUCCCUUUUUCUCUCCAAUUUGGCAUGCCCAAUUCUCAAUGCGCUCUAGGUCCUCGUGGUGGCAUAGUGACUCGCCUCAAUCCGGGUGGUGGAGGAUGAAUCUCAGUUGCCUUUGCGUCUGAGACAGUCAAUCCACGUGCAUCCUAUAACGUGGCUUGUUGAGCGCAUUACUGCAGAGACCUAGUGCGUGUGGAGGCUCACGCCAAUCCCCACGGCAUCCACGCACAACUCACCACGCGCCCCACCCACCAAGAGCAAGAACCACAUUAUAGCGACCAUGAGGAGGUUAACCCAACGUGACUCUACCCACCCUAGCAACCGGACCAAUUGGUUGUUUAGGAAGCCUGACUGGAGUCACCCGGCACACCCUGGAUUCGAACUUUGCGACUCCAGGUGUGGUAGUCAGCGUCUUUACUUGCUGAGCUACCCAGGCCCCCGUGCUUCUCAUUUCUUAAAUUGUGCAUCCUCGUUUCUUCGCUCCUCGAGCCUGUGACCCAGAAACCGAUCAAAGUCUGCCAUCAUUAAGGACAUAUCCAUUCUCUAAAUGCAUCACGAGGACGGAGGAAGCUUCCAGACGAUGCUUGAGUGAGAAAGCACAGGAGCUUCCUGUGUGGGAGACUUUCUGGUCGAAGCACCUGACACAUCCAAAAAUCCUCCUCCCCCUUCACAUCUGACACCGCAGUCUUAAUUCAUGUUUCACCUUUGAGGUUUAAAUAAUCCUUUAAUGAACAUAUACUUCAACAGUGCAUCUUGAAUUAUUUGGAUUUAUUAUGAAUAUAGUAAUAAAGUUUCAAAAACA